UGUCCAGGUAGUUGGGACUUGCAAGAAAGUGAGCUGUUGUCAGAAAUUGGAGGACUUGCACACUAGUAAACAUUCAAGACUUGUGUUCUUCUAAAGCUGUCACAAAGGUUUUAUAUUUUUAUUCGUGAAAACUUGCAAAACAAUGGACAUUGGAUUUUUAAUGUUUGUUAUCAUCAUCCUCUUACUGCUUUUCUUCUCUACAUUCUCAUGUGGAAUUGAUAUCAUCACCGCAUCCACCAAUCUUAGUGAUGGUAGAACCUUGGUUUCUAGCGAUGGAAGAUUUGAACUGGGGUUCUUCAGUUCUGGAAGUUCCGCCAAGAGCCGUUAUUUAGGAAUUUGGUUCAAGAAUGUCCCAGUUCAAAAUGUUGUUUGGGUUGCGAACAGAUGCGACCCGAUUAAUGACACGUCUGGUGUUUUGAUGGUAAACAACACAGGCAAUCUGGUACUCCUUAGUCAAAGUGGGAGUGUUGUUUGGACAGCAAGCUCAAAGAAAGAAGCUGAAAACCCAGUUCUGCAGCUCCUUGAUUCUGGAAAUCUUAUUCUACAAGAUAGAGUUGCUGGUAAAUCAGAAACAAUUUUGUGGCAAAGCUUUGACUAUCCUACUGAUACUCUUCUGUCAGGGAUGAAACUUGGAUGUGACUUAAGGAUUGGUCUUAAUCGACGAUUAUCAGCAUGGAAAGCACCAGAUGAUCCUUGCCACGGAGAUUUAACUCUUGGGUUAGAGCUAUAUAAUUAUCCGGAUUUUGUCAUGUGGAAAGGCAAAACAAAGUAUUUCCGAGAAGGUGGUUUUGAUGGCAUUGGGAUGAGUGGUUUACCCGCGCCGGAGCCAAAUCAGUUUUUUACCAUCAAUUUCAUCUCAAAUGAAGAGGAGAUUUGCUUCAUCUAUUACCUUAAUACCAAAUCGCUAAUCACAAGACUUGUUUUGAACCAAACUUCAAGUAGCCUGCAGUACACCAUGUGGGAUGAAGCAACUAAAACUUGGACAGUGUAUGCUCAAUUUCCUAGUGAUGACUGUGACCAAUAUGGGAAAUGUGGGUCAUAUGGGACCUGUCUCAGUGCGCUGCCGCCUUGUCAAUGUUUGAAAGGUUUUGCGCCAAAAUCAGAAGAACAGAACUCAGACCGGUCUAAAGGGUGUGUGCGCAAUAAUCCAAUAGCCUGUCAAAAAGGAGAUGGAUUUAUCAAAUUUGAGGGGUUGAAACUGCCAGAUACUGAACAUUCUUGGGUGAAUAGAAGUAUGGUUCUCAAUGAGUGCAGGGCUAAAUGCUUAGAAAAUUGUUCUUGUAUGGCCUAUACAACCUUGGAUGUUAAACAAAACAGAGGCUGUGCAAUUUGGUUUGAUGAUCUACUUGAUCUUAAAAAGGUCCAAUUUGCUAGACAACAUUUAUACAUUCGAAUGGUGGCUGCUGAUUCAGGAACAGAGAAUAGCAGGGGUGAAGAAAGGCAAAAUGAAGAUAUGGAAAUUCCUUUAUUUGAGUUAGAUGUAAUAUCAAAAGCCACCAAUAACUUCUUCUCAAGCAACAAGCUAGGACAGGGUGGCUUUGGGCCCGUAUACAAGGGUACUUUGCCAGAUGGAAAAGAAAUUGCUGUGAAAAGCCUCUCAAGAAGCUCUGGACAAGGAUUAGUUGAGUUCAAGAAUGAAGUAGCACUUAUAGCCAAACUUCAACAUCGGAAUCUUGUAAAGAUUUUAGGAUGCUGCAUUGAGAAGAAGAUGUUGAUUUAUGAAUAUAUGCCUAAUAAAAGUUUGGACUUCUUCAUUUUUGAUGAUACAAGAAGGAAUCUAUUAGACUGGUCAAGGCGUUUUCACAUUAUUUGUGGAAUUGCUAGAGGGCUUGUCUAUCUCCAUCAAGAUUCUAGAUUGAGGAUUAUACAUAGAGAUCUCAAAGCAAGCAAUGUUUUACUUGAUAAUGAAAUGAACCCCAAAAUUUCAGAUUUUGGCUUGGCUAGAACAUUUGGAGAAGAAUCUGAGGGUAACACAGAAAGAGUGGUUGGAACCUAUGGUUAUAUGGCACCAGAAUAUGCUUUUGAUGGGCAAUUCUCAGUGAAAUCCGAUGUUUUCAGCUUUGGUGUACUGUUGUUGGAAAUAAUAAGUGGGAAGAAGAACAGGGGGUUUUACCAUCUCAACCAUAGCAACCUUAUUGGACAUGCCUGGAGAUUGUGGAAAGAAGGAAAACCUUCGGAACUGAUUGAUUCGUUUGUACUAGAGUCUUGCACUCUAUCUGAAGUACUAAGGUGUAUCCAUAUUAGUCUUUUAUGUGUUCAGCAACACCCAGAAAACAGGCCGAGUAUGUCAUCUGUUGUUUUGAUGCUAAGUAGUGAGACAACACUAGUACAACCCAAAGAACCCGGUUUCCUUAUUGACAAGAAAUCACAUGAAACAAUUUCUUCAUCUACCAAGCUUGAAUCAUCUUCAAUCAAUGGACUUACCCUCUCAAAGUUGGAGCCUCGAUAAAGGGUAAUUGCUCAAAACUAUGCACGCCUAGUGUUGCAAAUAUAACUUAAUGAUGUUC